AUGAAGCCCACCAAGCCCACGCAUCUUGAAGAUGCAAGCUUCGUACUUGCUUCAAAUUUAAACCUCCAGCUUGGGAGGCUCGGUGCAACAAGUACAAUGAUAAUCUUCUCCAUUUGGAUGUCUCUCAGCGCCUGGCUUAGCUUGUUCGACUUUAGCUACGGGGGCAUUGUAUUAGUAAUGGAUCCUUUCAAGAAGUCUUUUGGGCACUGUCAGUCCAGAGAAUCAUUAAACGAUGUCUGUGAGCUCUCUGCAAUCCAGCAGUCGCUUGUGGGUGUGACCUCUAUCUUUAUGGCUCUCGGCGGUGGGUUUGGUGGACUGGUAGCAACCUACAUUGGCCGCCGAGGUACCGUGCAGAUUGGAUGUCUCAUCACUGCUAUCGGCGCCGCUGGCAUGCUGGGAACAUCAGGGAGUUACCUGAAUUACAUGGUCUGCAAAUGCAUAGGAGGAAUUGGUAUUGGACUCAUAUACUCUUCCGCGCCUGUUUACGGUGCGGAAUGUGUCUUCCCGAAACAACGGGGUUCACUACUCGCUCUAUUCAAUAUCGGCCAAGCCCUUGGAAGCCUAACUGCUGCUGCCGUAUGUGCUGGUACUGCUCAUUUACAGAGUGACUGGUCCUGGAAAAUACCUAUUUCUUGCCAGAUCCCGCUCGGGCUUUUUAUUGCCGUAUCGCUUUUCUAUUUUCCGGAAUCUCCUCGUUGGCUUCUCUUAAACAAGAAGUCAGAUCUUGCUCGGGAUUCACUUUCCCGAUUCUAUCAUAUGGAGGCGAAUUGCGAUAUGAUAAAUCACCAGUUGCAGACUAUUCAGAACUACAUUGAACUCGAACGAAAUAGUCACAACUCUGUGCAUCCCUUCGAUAUCUUCCGCUCAGGCAACACUCGACGGACCCUCAUCUCAAGCUUGGUUCUUAUCGGAUUGGCUAUUACAGGGAUCGCAUUCAUUACCCCGUAUGCCACUCUUUUCCUUGGCAAUGUCGGGGUCAAGAAUCCUUAUCUCGUCAAUGUGUAUAUCGGUCUCUGCACUUUUGCUGGAGCAUUAGCUGGUCCUAUUGCAAUUGAAAAUUUGGGCCGUCGCGUCACAUUGAUGGCCGGAUAUACAGGAAUGGGACUCUGUAUGCUUAUUUUGGCUGCGGUAAAUUCUGGACUUGGGGAGGGGAGUAAGACUGCACAGAAAGUACUUGUGGCCUUUGUCUGCAUAUGGUCUUUCAUUUUUGGCAGCUCCGUCGGUCCUGCCUCCUGGGUCAGUUCACCUGAGAUACAUUCCGUGCAGCUACGAACUUAUGGACAGGCUUUCAGUACCGUCAUGUAUCAAAUCUUCAGCUUCGCUGCGUCAUUCUGGUCCCCAUAUAUGAUCAAUGCAGACUACGGGAAUAUGGGCACUUCGGUUGGCUACUACUAUUUUGGAGUCUCCGCGGGAGUUUUGGUGUUGAUUUUCUUAUGCAUGCCCGAAACUUCGCUCCUUACAUUAGAGCAGAUUGACGACUAUUUCCUGUCUGGUGAUGCAGCCUGGAAGACUUCUCUCCGCAAGAACAAACUGCUCUCCACUGAGCCGCAGCCAGGUGACGUGAAAGCUAUGCACUAG